AUGCCUCCGAGGACAUCCCAAAAGCGCAAGACAGACGACAGUCCGUAUGCCGUAUCCGGAUUAAAACGAACCAAUGGCGGCAACGGCACGAACACAAACGCCCUCUACCCUGGACGCGAACAGCGUGAUAACUAUCCAACGCCCACUGCGAAUCGCGAACGCGACAGAGAAUGGUAUGGAAAUACCGGCGCAUACGAAAAGGAAAUGCUUGGUUUACAAGCAAACGGUAGUCACAAGAGACGCAAAGUCGACACCGGAAAUACCUAUCCCAUCGGACUGGCAGGCGGAGCCAUGAUGCGCGGCGAAGAGGGGCAACUUGUGACGCUUGAUCUCUCCACACUGCCUCCACAGGCAGUCACGAAGUAUCUGCAGACAUAUGGCCUCGGCACGACUCUGAAUCCCGCGCCGCUUUCCGCUCAACAGCCGAUUACACCGCGUGACGCCUUUUCCAGAGGCCUUCAAAACCUCCCGAGCCGAACCAAGCCGAAGCAGUCCUGGGAGGAAGCAGAAGGACAAGAUGUGAAUGGUAUCAAAACAACAACAAUAAAGAACACUACCACCAAAACAGCUACGACAAACGGAGCUACGUCGACCAUGUAUACGACCACCUCGGCACUAGGCUUGUCUGCCACCGUGGAGCUUCCGGUGGAGAUUAAUAACACGGCCCUCUUCGAUUCUACGGAAGCGAUAGCAGCCUAUGCCACGAUCGCUCAAAGUCAUUGGAACUCCAUGUCUGCCUAUGCUUCUCAUGCCUAUGGUACAGCUCCGACCGGAAGCAAGCUGAACGAACGCGAGAUCAUCGAAGAUUUUGUCAAUACUCUUCGCUCCAGAGGUAUGCAACCAAUUGAUCUCGUUCCGAAAUCUGACCUCCGUACAAGAGCUAUUCGUCCGAUUAUCGACGUAAUGCAAGCGUUCUUCCCUGACCCUAGUCGGGAUGGGCCAGUACUCGACAUAUGA